CCCAACCCUCCAGCUUGCCCUAACCCAGCCCAGCUGUGGGUGUGGCGAGACUUCCUCCGCCCCCUUUUGUGGCCUUCUUUCCCAGGAAUCCUUACAUCCACACGCGCCAGCUUACUUUGAUCAAAAAGGAAGAAGAAAUAAAAACAAAAGAUUCUUUUCCUCCCGAUCACGCACUACCCACCCCCAUCCUCCUGGGAUCUGCUCCUGCUCCCAAAGGUUAUAUUUGUCUACUCUUUCCGCAGAUUUCCCGCUAGGAAGCUAAGCAAAUCUCUCCACCGCACACCCGGAACACCAUGAAUGUAUUCCGCUUCCUAGGAGACAUCUCUCAUCUAUUAGCUAUAAUCAUCUUGCUGCUGAAGAUCUGGAAGACAAGAUCAUGUGCUGGUAAGAAAGAAGGCGUUCCGCUGCUCACUCUCUUACGUGGGAAUGUAAAAUGUUAUUUAUUCCCGGCCUGAAAGUGAUCACAUAACAAUGGGAGACAACCUGUAAUUGACUAGUUUACGCUUGUAAUUUACUCAUGCAAUUACUUACUCUCCUUUCCUUUGAAGGCUGCAAUUGUAUGCACGUUUACCAGGGAGUAAGCCCACCUGGAGCUUACUUCUGAGUAACCUGCCACAGGAUUGCAUAGUGACAACUUAGCUUUAUUUUUUAGCUAUUGGUUUAUUAAAAUUAAGCAAUUUCCCUUUAUUUUUUUCCAGGUUUCUAUUUCAGGAACUGAAAGACAGUCCUGUUGCAAUUCUGUUUUCUUCCUGACUUGGAGAUUUAUGAAAUGUAAUUUUUAAAAAUGUGAUACUGGGUUUUGAUAAUAGAAAAGUUAUUUCUUGCCUGUCGUUGAAACAUCAUGCACAACAAAAUCUGUUUUCAUAAGGAAUGCAGAACCAUAUAGCUGGUUAUUAUUUGUUAAACCUUUCCUUUGCUAAAUAGUUCCUUCUCAAACUACAGACACUUGAGUCUAUGGAUGUUUACUUGAAGUCAUGCCCCACUUUGCUCAGUGAGGAUUACUUUUAGGUAACUGUGCAUAAAUUUUGCAACCUUAAAGAUAUGGAAAUGUCCCCCCUUUAUCAUUUUAAAAGUUUUCAGAUAGUAGAUUUAAACAUCCAUUUCCAUAUCAUCUUAAGAGUUCGUAUAAACUUCAGUAAUUAAGGUACUUUACUAAUGUUGUGAGUUUGCUUUCUCUUGAACGAUGCCCCUGACUCCAUAUAAGGCAGCUUCCUAUGUUCCUAAAUGUGUUUGGGAGUUUUCCUUACAGGAAAAAACAAUGAUUUUGUUAAAGCUGGUGGCUGAUUGUGGAAUAAUUUUUUCUAUGUGUAGGAUCUAUGUAUCUGUGUUGAAUUCAACUUGUCCUUUAAAAGGAGAUCUACCAUUCAUCUUUUAUAGCAAUGCUUUAUACCGGUAACUAAAACAUAGUAUAUGAAGCUUGCUUUUAGGAAAGGUUACCUCCCCUUGCCAAAGUAGCAUAGUUAUCCUGGCCAGGCAUGGGUUAAUUGGCCUUUGGGGUGGGGAAGAAAGCUAUAAUGAGGGGGGAUCAAAGUGGAAGUUUUAAUUUUAUCCUUUGUGGAAUUCAGUGGGGAGAAGCUGGUUGCAUGGAACUUGACAGAGGCUGGAUGAUGACGUGGAAUAUAGUUCAGACUAGACUGGCAAAGUUUAUUAGGUCUCCUCCUCCUGAAAAAAAAGAAUCUGGUUUUCUGGUUGUCUGGGUGGUCUGUAGAGAGUAAAAGGAUUGGGUGGAGGGAAGCCAGAGGCCCUGCACAUGUGUGUAUUUCCUCAGGCCUGAAUAGGAAACUUCCUCCUGCUGGGCAGAACUGGGAAAGGCCGUGGAUUAUAUCAUGCAUUAGGCCCAGUCGGAGAUGCAUCCCAGCACACUACCAUCCUGCCUCUGUGGCUCUUUUGGAUUAUUUUUAUUCUGUGCCUAUGUGUGGUAUGCCUAUGUACAGUGGUACCUCGCAAGACGAAAGAGUUUUCCGUUUUUUGAGUCGUUCCGCAAGACGAAUUUCCCUAUGGGCUUGCUUCACAAGACGAAACGUCUUGCGAGUUCUUGCGAGUUUGUUUCCUUUUUCUUAAAGCCGCUAAGCCGUUAAUAGCCACUAAACCGCUAAUAGCCGUGCUUCGCAAGACGAAAAAACCGCAAGACGAAGAGACUCGCGGAACGGAUUAAUUUCGUCUUGCGAGGCACCACUGUAUUUUUUGUGUUGAGGCUUGAGCGGUUCUGAGGCUGGAUGGUGAAAUCCUGAAGAGUUUGUUUAAUUCUUCAUUAUUUUUUAGUUGAUCCUAAUAAAUAUAUUGAUUACUAUAUUGUUUUUGAGUGUGUGUGUGUGUGUAAAAUUAUUGUGAAUGAACAUGGCUACUUUAAACGUUUGUUAUUUCACAGAACCCUUGUGGUUAUCUGUGAGUUUCACUGCCCUGUGCUUCUCUGUGCAGGGAUUUCUGGGAAGAGCCAAAUUCUUUUUGCCAUUGUCUUCACCACUCGGUACCUAGACCUCUUCACCAACUACAUCUCCUUGUACAACACCUCCAUGAAGGUACUGGCUUCGACCGUGCGUUAGAUGGGACUGGGUGGAAGGAGAGCAUAACAGGCUUGGAUGAAGUGUGGGUCUGGCAUAAAUCAGAGAGAAAGGGAAAUGUUUAGGUAGGAGAGAAGGCCUUGCUCUCAGCUUCUACCCCUCACUCUGCCUGAAACACCUUGACACCACAGUCGGUUACAGUAGUAGGAGAUAGGAUAAGGCAGGCUGCACUUCUGUGCCCACUUACCUGGGAGUAAGCCCCAUUGAACUCAAUACAAUUUACUUCUGACUAGGUAGAGUUGCACUGUUCAACUGUGACAUGUGCAGGCCUUUGUACUCAGAAAUAAGUCCUGCUGAGCUCAGUGAAGCUUAUCUCCAGGUAUGUGUGUGCAGGAUGCAGUUGUAAAAUGUUGAUAUAAGAGGAAGCAAACUUUUGAGUUCUGCAGGGCACUUCAUCAGGCGGAAUAAUUAUAGUCUAAGACUUUGAAGUCUUUCUGCCCCAUAUUUCUGGACAAGCUUAACGACAGCAUAUUAUUAUACCAGAAGGUUAAAAGCAAAACAGUGAACUAAAACUUUGAAAAAGAGUACUGAAAAGUAAGUUACAGAACGUACUGAGAAGAUCUACAAGCCUGGUGUACCACUUUUCAAUGUGAGGCUAGUAGAAUUAAGGAAAAGGGUGGAAAUACAUUGUUAUAAGGGAUUUGGGGUGCAUGGGGGAGGUUGGCUGGAUGCUAAAGAGGGCUUUUGAAUCUAGAAAUAUGAGAGGGACUAUUUAAUUUUUAAGACGGGUUUCCUAGGGAUUCUCUGUAACAUGAUUAGACUAUAGGAGGGCUAGUUUACAUUAAGAAUUGGGGUGGUGGGGUGAUAGUUGAUCUCAGUGAUCCCUCUUGAUCUAUUUUGUCUCCUAUAGGUAGUUUAUAUUGCAUGCUCCUAUGCCACAGUGUGGAUGAUCUAUAGCAAAUUCAAAGCCAGCUAUGAUGGCAACCAUGACACCUUCCGAGUGGAGUUCCUGGUCGUUCCCACAGCAGUGUUAGCUUUCCUAGUGAAUCAUGAUUUCACUCCGCUAGAGGUAAUUUAAUGUAUAGGUUGGUCUUGUUUUGCACUAAGAUCCAAGCCCCCAAACGGCUGUCUCAUAAAGCAGGGGAAGGCAAUCUUUUUGGCUCCACGCAUGUAGGGGUUGGUAGGAGCCACAUGCCAGCAAAUGUAGCAAGAUUCAGUCCCGCCUGUCCACAUAGUAACGCAUCCAUACAGCAGUGUCCAGUUGCGUGUGCGCAAAUGCACAAACCCAUGGAGAUGAAAGGUAUGCAGGGGUGUCCUUCCCUGUGCAUUUUACCCCCCCCCCCAGCGUAAUUGAGCCUCUCAGUCAGAAGUUUGGAAGGCAGGGGGUUUAAAAUGCAGAGAAAGGCAUGUGGAGGUGACCAUCCCGGUGCUGCUUUCUCUCCAUUAGGAUGGCUGCGUCUGAAGCCCUUCACCCUAUGUAACCAAAUUCACUCUAGUCUAGGCUUGCCAUAUGUCCUGAAAAUUCCUGAUGUCAUGGUUUUGGGGUGUAAAAUGGCGUAAGGGGGAAAUUUUGCUGAAUUGGAUGUAUGACAAUGUGAUGGGGAAAGCUGCAGAAACAGCACCAAAAUCACUGUUUUUGGGUGAGGUUUCCUAAAAAAAGGAAAGCUCAACAAUUUUUAAUUUUAAUCUAGUCUAUCCCCCACUUCUUGGGUGACCAACUGAGCAGUGGGGGAAAGUGCAGUGUUUCCUGGAGCAAAGCUACCCAGGGAGCAGUCAGGGACACCAACUUCUGGCAUCAUUAAGUGUUCUGGCCAAGGGGCACCUAUGUCAUGGGUUAUGUGCUGGCAUUGACUUCUUACACUUUGUCUUAUUUUGCCUCUGUACUAAUUAUCUAUAUAUUUGUUUUCUCUUUUUAGGAUUAUAGGAUUGGGCUUAGUUUUGUUUUCUAAAGCAACAAACUGCACUUGUGUGCUUAGGCACAGACAAAUAAACCUGAAGUUCAUUAUUCAAAAUUUGUUCCAGUGAGGGGUGGAUGGCAUUCAAAUGGGAUUGUGAUGUAGCUGAGACUAUAUGCUGCUCUGCCAAAAAAGAAAUGCAGUUUGUUAAAAAAAGGAAAACAUUUCCUAUAAUUGGAAGGGCAGAGGGACAGAAUGGCUAGGACUAGAAUAUUUGUCCUCCAAAUGUUGAUGGAUUACAGUUCCCAUCAUUCCUGACCAUUGGCCAUGAUGGCUGGGACUGAUGGGAGUUGGAGUCCAAUGACAUCUGGUCUCUAUUUCUGAAUUAGGGAGUGGUUUGUAUCUCUUGAGUGAGGUACAAGGUUUUGCACACAACACCCAAAGCAAAUGCUAGUUCCGGGCAAUCUAAUGCAGGCUGCAUCUACUCGUUGCAGUAUUUCCAGUGGCUAAUGAUGUAAAAAUGAGUUGGGGCAGAUAUACCCUUAAUUUCUGUCCUGAAUCUUGCUGUUUAAUAGUAGAAAGUCCAAAUAAUUCACUUCUCAGCAUCUAGAAUUCUCAAUUUUCCCUUCUUAAAAUCCUCAAGCUAAUGUUGAGAUGGCAGCACAACUUUGAGGUUAUUAUGGACUGGCCCAGAGCUGUGCUUCAUUGUCAGUAAUAUGUAAAUUACAAUCAUAUUGUAUCUUUCUUGGAUGCCUCCAGAUUCUCUGGACUUUCUCCAUCUAUCUGGAGUCGGUGGCUAUCUUGCCACAGCUCUUCAUGGUCAGUAAGACAGGUGAGGCCGAGACCAUCACAAGUCACUAUCUCUUCGCCUUGGGUGUCUACCGUGCCCUCUACUUGUUCAACUGGAUUUGGCGUUACCAGUUUGAGGGCUUCUUCGACCUCAUUGCCAUUGUGGCUGGCUUGGUGCAAACCAUACUCUACUGCGAUUUCUUCUACCUCUACAUUACAAAAGGUAUUUUGGAAAUAAUGGGUGGAAACUAAUUUCUUUAUGUGAUCAUGUGUAUAUACGAUAAAAUGGGAGGCUAGGAUUCAAGGCUUCUAGAGUGGAGUGGAAUUAACACAGUGAGUUGGGAGUCUAUCUCAAGAAGACACAUAUUUUAUCUUGAAUGAGCAGUGCUGCUGUCUAAAAUAUCACUAGAGGGUGCUGUACAGCUAGUAUCAGGCCUCCACCUCUGUAGCUUGGAAAGACUUAUUGACACUAUACUUAUUGUAAAUAGGCAACAAAUUAAUUAGCUUCUUAGUUCUUUCUCCUUGUGACUGGGAAGAGAUGAUACAGAUAAAUAUUUCCCACAUGAAGAAGUAUAAAUGCUAGGAACUUAUCCAUAUACAGUACUGUGAGCACAUCUGGUCCAGCUCUGCCAAGUGAAUUGACCUACCAGGCAUCUGGUUGUCAGUUAUUUAGUUUACUGUGGUAUUUUUACUUAUGUGUGCCUGUUGGGUUUUCUGUCUCAAGAACUAAAAUGACUUGGAAUAUCUCUUGUAGGAUGUUGAAAACUUAGGCAUUUGUUGCUUUUUAAAGAUAAUGAUAGGGUAUAUUUGGGCUGAGUGUAUGUGUACACACAUUUGCACACCAAAUAUUGCAGUGUGGAGUGGUCCUGUUCCCUUCAUGUACAUCAUAUUGUGGUCAUUGAGCACAUGCUUAGGGCUGUUAUGGAUUCCCUUCCUGAAAUAUUUUUUUCCUGCUUCUGCAAAUCUCACGGGUUCCCAGCCUGCUACCUCCCUCUGAUCUGCAGCGUCUCCAUGGAUUUUUGGCUGAAGACAGGAGAUUGUAUAUCCAUCACAUUACGUAAAUUGGUUUUGAUUGUAUUAUUAUUGCUUCUUCUUACGUUGUGUUUUAUUGUAUUACAAAUUGCAUUACUACAACAGACAGUGGAGCAGGGCAAUUGAUUGGAUGGGGGCUGCAGACUUUCUGACUCUACGUCUGGCUAAUUUUAGCCUCCCAUCUACCACCUCUCGUCACACUGUAGUUUGCGGUGCUCUGUGUUCAAGCAAACUGCAGCAUGACGACACUUGCAUUUUUAUUAUAUGUAUAUAAUGAGCAGAAUUUUCAGAUGUGACCAUGCAUUUUAUAGUGCUACUUUAAUUUCAAGGCUAUAAUUACUAUUUCUGGUUGAUGCACCUUUUUUUUUCAGAGGUUGCUGAAAAUGUAUUUUUCCCUUACCAGAGGUUGUUAUAUUUUUGUACUUUCAACAGCUCUACAGCUAUAGCAAGACAAAAUUCUCAUACAUUAUUUUUUCUCUUUUUUUUCUUCAGUUCUAAAAGGCAAGAAGUUGAGUUUGCCGGCAUAGUUCACACUGAGCCCAUGACAAAGAUACUUUGGCCGAGAAGGAUGAGGGGAAUCCUUCACAGGAAGUUAAAAACAAAGUUUCUGGGGUUUUUUCUUUUUUUUAUUCUUACCAACGAAGUUAAGUCACCUGUUGAUCUCUUCUUGCACCCUGAACUUUUACCUGAGUGUGAUUCGGGUCAAAACAAUGGAUUGUCCUUCUGCUCAAGAGACUGAUAUAGAAGGGGUGAGGUGGGCAACAGCUUGGACUCCAAGCUUAUAAUGACUACUGCUGGUGAUAUAUAGGUGGUAGGUUUCUCAAGGGCCCUUUUUAUCAUUGACCUCACUUUCUAUACUCCUGACUCUAUUUUGAUAAUGAACUGCCACAGCUAGGAAAUAUUUUUAAAACAACAACUACAACAACAACAACAACAACUGGACAUCUCCCUCCUCUCACAUUGUGCUCAUGUUUUGGGCUUUGGGUUGACCACAGCUAUGAAGAAAUCUGAGUGCCGUGGGUCUAUCCAGAUAAACAGGAGCACUUACAAAUUUAAUCUAUUUUCUUUAGAUACUGAUUAUUUUUCUCUAUUUUUAAAAAAUAUUGCUGGCAAGAAAAGACCACCCUAAUACAUUCUUACACUUGCUUCAUUUUGAAUAUUAUUUGAUGGUUAAUUCCUCAUCUACUUUAAAUAAAACAAGCAACCAUCAUCCCAAUUAAUUAGUGCCUUUGUGGGAGGGAUGGGAAUUUAAAUAAAAAGAAAUCUGUUUUGUUGCCUGUUUGUAUUGAAAUCUUUGUGUUUCCCAUUCCUGUACAUUCAUCCUCAUUUCCCAUACUAUUCUCCUGUACAGUAUUGCUGCUUUCUGUUAAAACAGAGGCUGCUUUCCCCCAUCUCUUGAAGCUCUCUCUAUUCAUUGGCUUAUAUCAAACUAAGUUUUACCAGAAUAGAUUCAUUGAAAUUAAUGGAAAUGACUAACUUUGAUCAGUUAAUUUCAGUGUGCCUACUCUGAAUAAAGUUUAGUUGGAUAUAACCUACUGAGUUUAGUGGGGCUUUCUAAGUUAGCAGGCAUACAAUUGUAGCCUUAAUAUUUGUUAUGAUAAAACACAUUUUCUGUAGUUGCCACUUUUCUCUGGUUCUCAAAGACACUGCUGUCUCAGCAAAAUUACUUUUUAUCUUAGCCAAUCAAAAUGUCAUGUGUCUCCACAUGACACUAAAAGGGGCCUUUGAGCCUCUCUAGUGCUAUUCUGGCCAGAUGUAAAUGUUAAUGUGAGAUGGAAUAUGGAAGAUAAAUUGAAAGCAUGUUCUAAUCAAUUUAAGCUCUCAGUUUGCCUUGUAGACCGAUUUACAGUGUGCUGAUGCAAAAGUAAAUCUUGCCAAGUCCAGUGGGGCUUACUCCCAUGUAUUAAUAUGUAAAGAUUAGCGUCUUAAGCAAAAAUGCUAUAAAUCUCAUGUAUGAAAACAGGUUGGAAAAUGAUUAGAAUUACUGGCUUGCAAGUAAUGGUAUGAGAAGUUUUCUACUUUAUUGGAAAUGCUAUGCGAACAUGUCAUGCAUGUUGCUUGGAGGGAGCUCUUCUAUCUCUGCAGAUGAGGACAUGCACCCACAUGCAGAUGGAUUUUUACAUAUGGAUGAUUUCUCUUCUUGACUUGAGAUAUAUGAAAAAUUGCAUUCAUGCUGCAAUCCUAUGCAUACUUUACUGGAAGUAAGUCUUAUUGAACUCAGUUGGAAUUAUUUCUGAGCAGACAUUCGCAGGAGUAAGAUGGCAUUUCCCCUUAAACUUCUUUCAGCAUCAAAGGCAGAAAACUAUUUCAAAUAGAAGUAAAGCCUAAGAGUUGCCAUAGUUUGAGUGACUAGUCAUAGGGCAAUGACUAGUAAUGUUUUAAGUUCUAUACCUUUAAUAUGAUUAUCCAGUAGCAGUCAUUAGGUUUCUGUUUUGGUUAUCAUAAAUAGCCAGUUGUUUUCCAGAUAUUUGUGAUAUUUAAGGAGCUGUUGCUUGCUACAGAAAGCUAGUAGCUACUUGAAACAUUCAGUAGUCGUUACUAGGUAAAUUUGAGUCUGUGGCAGCAUACACAUAUAAGCUAAUCAUUUAUAUCUUUCACAGAAUCACAGAGAAACUUUACUGGAUUAGGUUCUAUACUGAUACAGCCUUCAGUGGCUAGCAUCUAUUUGAUUACAGUAGCUAGCAAAAGUGCAACAAUGGCUAUGGAGAUGACAGCUUCAGGAUGUAUCUGUCUAAAGCCUGGUUCAGGCUUAAAAUUGUUCACACAAGUCCAUAUAUUAACAUUCACAAGGCUUAAACAAGUAGCGUUGAACCAGUACAAUGGGGAAAGGACUGUAUCUGAAGUGCUGCACACCAGCUGGGUGGCAGAGGGCAAAUGUCACUCCAGUGCUUUCAUUAUUUCCUUGAUUUCUUAAAGCUGGGACUGGCAGCCAGAAUAGCUGCAUUUUGUUAUAUCCAGUUGAGAAAAAAAUGUGUGGCAGUUGCACAUGCAGAUUGUCUCCAUUUUUUGUUCUCUUCCCUAGUUGUAAUAUCUUUGGUUUUUUAUGACUGGAAAACAACACAUGUGCACAGCUGCCAUAGUAGUGCAGUUCAUAUAGAAACAGCAGUGUGGAACUAUUCUUACAGUUAAUCCUGGCUUUAAAGGGCUAAAAUUAGCAGCUAGUGCUGCAGAAGCUGGGCAAGCCUAGACAAUGGGAAUGGUGAGUGGGUGAGCACCCAUUUCUUUUGUGAAGCUGUGGCCCCAUGUUCUUAUUGUGCUUAGGAGGUGGUUGGUCUCCCUAUUUUUCAUGGUGCUCAACUUUAGCGGAAACAGAUUUACACAUAUGAAAUAAAUGUUCAUGUUUGGCAAUAA